ACGAAAGUAAGGCGUUUAACAUACUUCGUGAGGCAAUCGCCUCUUGUUCGAGUAUUCCUGCAAGUCGUCAUUGUGAUUCUCGGUAUCGAAGGCAUUCCCGACGGAUCAGCGGUUCUUCAAAUCCUCAACGGUCUCGGAGUCGCCUCUACUCUGAUCGCCGUUUUCAUCUGCCAUGUGAUUGUGACAGCGACUCGGGAAGUGCUGACGCCAUACAAUAUGUACGUUAUAUUCCGGUGUGUGGACACGACCCAGAUGCUCUACACCUUCCAAAAGUUUAUUUUGGAUCUGAUAGCCAAAAACGGUGGCAUGGGAGGUCUCCCAGUGGCUUCUCCUUCAAUGGUGGCACGUUUCUGGCACAAUGUGGCAAUGACGAUCGAGGUCGGACUGGUAUGCGUGGUGAUGUUCAGAAAUAUCCGACCGGGCAAAAGCGCGUUCUUUGCCGAACCAAGUGAAACUAUACACGUCUGUCAUCCCAUGCCACUGGCUAAUCUC